CUACCUGCCCAGACUCCCCCAACGCUCUCCACCUAAUCCUCCAUCCUGCUCACCUCCUCAAACCUCUGCCAGCCCCCAGAGCAUCAUCUCCAUCUACCCACAGAGUUCAGUCGUUUCACUCAGCGUACUCAUUACCGCCUCUUAAAAGGAAACUGUUCCAUCUGGGCUCUUAAAAACAAGAACAUCAGCAGCAGGAGCAGCUGUGGUACCCGUCCUCAUUUUACCCUUGAAGUGGACUGCAGGGUGUCCUGUCAUGUUGCACUUGAGACCAGAGGUGGAGAAGGAGAGAGGUGUGCACGAAAUGUGAGAAAUAAUCGCAGGGUUUCCUUGUCCAUUUUGGCAUGCAUGGACGGAGAGAGAAAGACUGAGUGUGUGGGUGGAUGAGAUGCAGAGAGAAGAAGAAGAGGAGGAGGAAGGAUGGAGAGUGGCACAUUCUCUCUCUCUCUUUUUUUAACAAGGGGUUCCUCUACCCCAGGGACACCUAUCUGUGUGACCACAGGAGUGAGGAAGAGGAGGAACAAAGGGCCGAGGAGGUGGUGGGACGAGAAGGGUCGGGGGGAGGAGGAGGCCACAUGUUCUACACCCUUUCCUGCAAGGGAGGAGGAAAAAAAUGCUAUGUGUGAUUGUAUAUGUGUGCUGGAUGCACAAAUGUAUCAUUAGGCAUCAUUAACCACAAAUUAUACAGAGAGAGAAAGACAGAUGCUGCUGUUGGCACAUUUUUCUGCUCCCUGCAAUCUGCAGCCCUGGGAAGGAAAAAGAAGGGGAGAAAGAGGGGAGGGAGGGGGAGUUAAUCUAAUACAUGUGUAGUGUGAUUAAAGGAAGAGCUUCAUCGCCGGUGACGUUUCAGAUGGAUGUGAAGCCCGGCGAAAGGAUAUUAAACACUUAAACAUCGCACUGAAAACAGUGAGGAGGGGGUGGGGGGCAGAAAGAGUUAAAAGUCCGAAUCUAUGAGAAGGAGAGCUCUCUCUCUCUCUCUCUCUCUCCUCCCUCCUACCUCUCUCGACCGCUCGGCUACUCGCUCCUCUCUCACCACCUGUUAGUGCGGACCCCUCAUGCACUGACAUCCACUUGUUUGUGCAGGAAUCUCCUCCACUCACCAUCAAAGACUCUAUGACGGUUCGGAGAGGAAAGAAGCUCAGCAUCUCCAUCCAGGAACACAUGGCCAUAGACGUUUGUCCCGGCCCCAUCAGACCCAUCCGCCAGAUCUCCGCCUACUUCCCCCGCCUGUCCCCCACCUCCCCCACCCCCGUCUCCCCCAACCCCGCCGUGUCCCCGCCGCCGUCCCUCAGCCCCGGCUCGGUGGCCUCGGGAAUGGGCGGGUCUCACCUCUUGUCUCCUCUGUUGGCCCAGGGCAGGCCCGGCGGGGGCGGGUCCCUAUCCCUGACCAGCAGCGUGGACACGUCGGUGGAGAUCAACAGCUCCGACAGCGACGACUGCACUGCUCUGGGAACGCUGGAGUUCGAGCUGAGGUACGAGCAGAGCUCCAACAAGCUGAACUGCACCGUGCUGCGGGCCAAGGGUCUGAAGCCGAUGGACUUCAACGGUUUAGCUGACCCGUACGUCAAACUGCACCUGCUGCCCGGAGCCUGUAAGGCCAAUAAGCUGAAAACGAGGACGAUCCGUAACUCCCUGAAUCCAGUGUGGAAUGAAACGCUCACUUAUGUCGGCAUCACAGAGGAAGACAUGCACAGGAAGACGCUCAGGUCUGUGUUUAUAUCUGCGUGUGUGACAAACACACACUGGGGAUAAUUCAUCACAUCUCAUUUCAGAGCAAUUACGCUCACAGCCAUUAAUCAGCUGCUCUUACAUCCUGACAUUCACAUAUGAAGCUCAGUUGUCACAUUUCAUUAGUUUAGCUGUCGGAGCAAAAAGCUGCACCAAGAUGAAAUUAAAUGUUGUCUUUGCUGCUUUUCGCAGCUAUCAAACACUUUUUGUUGCCAAGAUCCUUCCCCGACUCUCUGGCUGCCUCUAACAGUCUGAUUGGACUGAAUCAGUCCUUCACAGAGUCAGAGACAACAGCAAAGAGCGCACAGCGAGCUGCUGUGAAUAAAGCAGUUUGUCAGAGUUAUCAGAUAAACAGCUGCAGCCAAAAAAGGCUUGUUGUAGUGAAUGAAGCCAUCGUAAAAAAAACUACAGUAAACAUCAGAAAGACUUUUGGGUUUAAAUGACAAAUGAGCCUCAGCCAUCUUUAUUCUGGCUGAUGAUGGCUAACACUAAGCUAACAUGGACAAAUAGCAAGUUGCCCUACAAAACCACAAGUGAUCUGGUAAAUAAGUUUUACCCCUGAUGAAGGUAAAAGUAUGUGUCCCAGCCCCAGAUUUUUAGUGGUGCAUGUUGAAAUAAUUUACACAGCAAACAAAAACCCAGAAAUUAACUCUCAGUGUCCAUAAUCUGAUGUCGGUGUGAGGGUCCAGCUGUGUGCCAGCAGAGGUUGGACCCAAACGCAGCACUGCAGAGACGAAGCAUGAACUUGUGCUAAAGACCGAACACUGAGACGAAUAAUGGACGGGACAUGACAACAAGACUGACAAACACAGGAAACACUGCCGACAACACACAAGCAAAACAGUAAGGGGACGAAACCAGAGCCACUAUGGAAAACUGAACUAGGAGUCACUCUGGAAACACCAGAACACAAAAGCAUAAACACAAAGCACUGGAUCAGCGACCCAGGACAGCGUGUGCCUAACAUUAUUCAUGAAAUCACAGAGUGAAAACUACCAUCAAGUAAAUAAAAGAGCAAUGACAAAGAUUCAGACCAUACGGAGACUCCCCACUUGCCUGACAGGGCCGUGCAGAGAGGUUUAAAGGGGCGGGUGCU